UGUACAUGCAACAGUGGACCCAGGUCCGAAAUGGUACAUGUCCUUGCUCAGCACCGUUCUUCUACCAUGUUGCUUAUGUUUGUUGCCACGUUUCACAAACGUGUUGAGAACUCCAAGGCACAGGUGCCCGAUCUGUUCUCGUGUUAUCCUUGGUGGCAGAACUUCGCCGUACGGAGCCCAGAGACAGAAUUACCGCUAGAACUAUCCUGAUGCAAACGUACAAUUGGACUGCACACCGACUUGAUCGUCUUUAGCAGGUUACGUAUACCAACCCUUUCUGACUCUGACACAUAUUCCAAGCAUUUGUUAUCGUUGAUCCCAUCACUUGCGUGCAAACAGGCUUUUUAAAAAUUUCAUGUAGUUUCGCGUAGAUCCGUGCAGCAUGGUUUUGCCUCUGUCCAGAUAUCAGGCUUGUUAAAAUUCAACUUUCAAUUCUGGAAGACUAAAAAUGCGUCGAUCAAACACUUGUAUUAAAAAUGGGAAUACUGCUGAAAUUCAUGCCGUCGACCUACCGACCAAUUGUGGUAGUUUGUCCUGGUUGUGAGGAGAAAAUUAAGACUAUUGUUACGUAUGGGUCAUCCUCGUUCACCUACAUCAUGAGCAAGCUCCUGUGUCCAUUUUGGUUAUUAGCUACUUGCAUUCUAACAACUGUUUCCUCGUUCCAAGCCUUGAACUUGAUUUCAUUCGCUCAUAAUCGCCUAACUGUAAUCUCUACGUUUUCACAGUUUGUGUUUUGUCCCGCAUUUCACGGUGCUCGGUAAAAAUCCGAUACACAAGUGCCCUCUUUGCCUGAUGACAAUCCCGCCCGAGAUACUGACGGGUUCCGAUAGCGGCAACUUGUUAAGGCACAGGAAAUGUUACAGGACAAUUGCCUCGACUAAGCUCCAUAAUCAAGCUGUUCUCAAAGUUCCUACUGCAAACCGUAAGACCUGCAUUCGACAAUGAAUUGAAACCCGUAUAACUGCUUAUGGAGGCCAAUCCGGAACCCAGCGCCUCUGAAAAUGGCUCCGCGAUCACCCAAGAUUACAACGAAUGCCGUAACGCCGAAGCAACAGGUUCAAAGUUCACGUCCCCGACAAGUCGCAACUUGGAUACGGCGCAAGAAGUUCCUGAAUCGUUAGAGGCGAUAAUCAAGUACCCGGUGAAUCCUUUACCGGGAACUUUCAAGCAGACUAUGCGCGGUACGCAAACACCAUUGACGUUGAUAGGGGUUACGAUGUCCAAAUCUAACGAGGAGGAUCAAAAACCCCCGUCGACAGUGCCGGAAAUACUGGAGGCGGAAAUGCCUUCCGGAACGAUAGAAGGUCCCGAAUCUUCCACAAGUGCUGUUAAAUCUGUAUUCUCGCAGUUUCGGGUCGAGGCGGUGACCGUGAAGUUCAGUCACGAGGCAGCCACGCAGGCGACGCCUCCACACCCCUCUUUGACAUCGACCAAGUCCUCGACGCUCCCUAUUAACGUGAUGCAGAUCGCUACCUCUGUCUCUUCCAGCCGCUCUGGACCAAAAAGUGAAGUAUUGACUGUGACCACUGACUAUGGCACUCGGACUCCGGAUGCCAGAAGUCUGCUGCUGGACGUCAUUGAGCAGGAUCAUCCCAUUCGUUACAUCAACGUUGAACCGAGUACUUCGGCAAUUGCCGUGACAAGUUCGUCGCCUGUGACAACACCCGGUUUACCAAAUUUCACAAUGUCGCCACCUUCGAUCAACAGCCAAAGAAGCUUGCUGAAUUUACAACGAAGGCGUCCAGACAAUCGAUGGAGCUGGAGAAAUUGCUUCAGACGAAACAUCCCUCAGGGAGAAGAUGUAUGGAGCUGAUGGAAUUAAAACGAGGCUCUGGAGUAUUUCUUUUUAUCGUUUCUUCUUCUUCUUCUUCACCUCAUCCCUCAUCCCGCAGCCGGAUCUGAUACCUUACACAAUGGGACCACCACCUACGUAUUCGGGAAUAUUCAGAGAGCAGAGACCGCUCUACACCGAAUCUACCAUCCCACUACCACCAAGACUGUCCAGCGACACUGUCGCCUCAUUCGUAGCACCGAUACCCCCGCCAAGUUAUGCCCAAGCCCAAGGUCUCUGCGUGUCUCCGUAUUCGAUGGAACAGAUUAUUUCAGUGACUCGUAAUACACGACAUCAAUCUUCUCUUCACGUAUAUUCGUAAAUCUUCCCGAAUGUCGGACUCGUUGAAA